CAGGGAUGAUGAAGAAGAAAAAGAAACAGAAAAGGAGGAGAAGCAAGAAGAAGGAAAAGAAAUUAAAACCGUCCUUAAUUAUUACAUUCCGAUUCCAGUCCAGUUAUUAGCGUUAAUGUUGCCAAUAUUGUCUCCCAACCGACAUUAAAACAUGGAAGAAGACUUCUCCACAUGAAAAUACUCCAGACAAGAAAUAGAAAGUUCGCUGACAACAGAAGUUCGCUGAGGUUUUGACUUGACGAUGGAUACUUUAUUCAUCCCAAUGGGAAAUUUUCAACUUCCAGCAGUAUCCACAAACAUAGGUAAUAAGAAUCUUCUAAUGGAGUCAGCAGAGCUUUGUGAGAAUUUGAAAACUGAGUUUUGCAUGACUUCAGAUAAGGGGACAUCAGACUCUGUGGAAUUUGUUAUCCCUGUGGCUGAGGAUCAACAGAAGCCUAUAAAAAAAGAAGAACUUGAAGAUGAGGACAACCUCUAUGGAGUGCCAUCAAGUCGUGUGGGACGUGUCAGUGCUGUUGACCAACAGACUGAAGGGUUUCUGAGGAAACCUAUAAAAGAGGAAGAACCUGAAGAUGAUGAGUUCCUCUACUGUGAGGACUGCAGAUCCUACUUCAUCAACAAGUGUGAGGUUCACGGUCUGGCACUUUUUAUCUCUGAUACCCCUGUUCCUCUGGGGAUUACAGACCGAGCAAUACAAACUCUUCCACUUGGUCUAGAGGUUCGAAAGUCUGACAUUCCUGAUUCAGGUUUAGGGGUGUUUAAUAAGGGAGAGACUAUUCCACUUGGUGCACACUUUGGGCCCUAUGAAGGAGACCUGGUGGACAGAGAAAAAGCCAUGAAUAGUGGCUAUUCUUGGAUGAUAACCAGGAGCAGGCAGUGUGAAAAAUACAUAGAUGGCCAGAGCAAGAUGCACUCAAACUGGAUGAGGUAUGUGAACUGUGCUCGUUAUGAAGAAGAACAGAAUCUUGUUGCUUUCCAGUAUCGAGGAGGCAUUCUCUAUCGUUGCUGUCAACCCAUUAAAACAGGACAAGAACUCUUGAUGUGGUACAAAGAUGACUACGGCAGAAACCUUGGACUUGCAUUCGACUACCUCUGGAAGAAAAAGUGCUCCUCAAAUGAAAUGAACGAUGACCUGCUGCAACUUUUCUCCUGCUCCUGGUGUCAGCUUUCCUACACAUCUCAGCUUUAUCUUGACCGUCACAUAAAGAGAAGCCACUCUGAGGACAAUAUGAGAUUUUUUAGAUCAACUGAAAUUAUAAAUGACAAUGUUCUGAACACAGGAAGCUCCAAAAUCCAGCAAACAUGCUCUGAUACUCUCCACACUGACCUCACUUAUGGACAAAAGCAGAAAGGAAUCUCUCACUGCUCAGAAUGUGGGAAGGAUUUUAUGUCCAUGUGUAAUCUCAGUAAGCACCAGUGUGUCCACACCAGAGAAAAAACAUAUCCCUGCACACAGAGCGGAAAGAGGAUUACUAAAAGAAAAACUUUACAAAAACACAAGCGCAUUCACAACGAAGCGAAGCUGCAUCACUGCUCACAGUGCAGGAAAACUUUUCCAUGGCAGAGCCAUCUCAAAAUUCAUCAGCGCAUUCACACAGGAGAGAAGCCAUUUCAGUGCUCACAGUGUGGGAAGAGUUUUAAUAAAAGAAGUACUCUACACAGACACCAGCUCAUUCACACAGGAGAGAAGCCGUAUCAGUGCCCACACUGUCGGAAAAGGUUUAAUCAACAGGGCGUUCUUCAAAGACACCAGCGCAUUCACACAGGAGAGAAGCCCUAUCACUGUUCUCUGUGUGGGAAAAGUUUUACUGAUCAGAGUACACUCAUCACACAUAAGCGUAUCCACACAGGAGAGAAGCCGUACCAUUGCUCCCAGUGUGGAAAGAGUUUUAAUAAAACGAGUCAUUUCAAACAACACCAACUCAUUCACACGGGACUGAGGCCGUAUCGCUGUACAGAGUGUGGAAAGAGUUUUACCUGCCAGAGCUACCUCACAUACCAUGAGCGUGUUCACGCAGAGGAGAAACCGUAUCGCUGCUCGCAGUGUGGAAAGAGUUUUACACGACCAAGUCAUCUCAAAGACCAUCAGCGCAUUCACUCUGGAGAGAAGCCGUUUCAUUGCUCACACUGUGAAAAGAGCUUUAAUAAAAAAAGUACUCUACGAAGACACCAGCUCAUUCACACAGACAUGAAGCCGUAUCAGUGCUCACAGUGCUGGAAAGGGUUUAGUCAGCAGAGCGAUCUCCAGAGACACCAACGCAUUCACUCCGAAGUGAAGCCGUUUCAGUGCUCACAGUGCGCGAAAAGGUUUAAUCAGCAGAGUGAUCUGGAUAGACACCGGUGUAUUCACACGGAAGUGAAGACCUAUCCCUGCUCACGUUGCGAAAAGACUUUCACGCGGCCGAAACAACUCAAAGACCAUCAGCGCCUUCACACGGGAGAGAAGCCGUUUUCCUGCUCAGAAUGUGGAAAGAGUUUUAGUAAAAGAGGAACUCUGAACAGACACCAGCUCAUUCACACGGACGUGAAGCCGUUUCAGUGCUCACAGUGUGGGAAGAGGUUCAAUCAGCAGAGCGAUCUCCAGAGACACCAGCGCAUUCACACGGGAGAGAAGCCGCAUCAGUGCUCACAGUGUGGGAGAAGGUUUACGCUCCGCGAUACUCUCAGACGACACCAACGCAUUCACGCAGGAGAGAAGCCAUGUCACUGCUCAAAAUGUGGGAAGGAUUUUAUUUCCGUGUGUAAUCUCAGUAAGCACCAGUGUGUCCACCCAAGAGAAAAGCCAUACCCUUGCCCACAGUGCGGAAAGAGGUUUACUUACCAGCGUAAUCUCGGACAGCAUCAGCGCAUUCACACAGGAGAGAAACCGUAUCACUGCUCCCAGUGCGGGAAGAGUUUUAAUAACGGGAGUAAUUACAAACAACACCAGCGCAUUCACACGGGCGAGAAACCGUAUCACUGCACACAGUGUGGAAAGAGUUUUACUAACCAGUGCCAUCUCCGACAGCAUCAGCACAUUCACACAGGAGAGAAGCCGUUUCACUGUUCACAGUGUGGGAAGAGUUUUAAUCAACAGAGAUAUCUCGAAAGACACAAGAGCAUUCACACGGGAGAAAAGCCGUAUUACUGCUCGGAGUGCGGGAAGAGUUUUAAUCGACAGAGUCAUCUCCAAACACACGAGCGCAUUCACACGGGAGAGAAGCCGUAUCAGUGCUCACAGUGUGGGAAGAGUUUUAAUCAACAGAAUGAUCUCCAAAGACACCAUCGCAUUCACACGGGAGAGAAGCCGUAUCACUGCUCAGAAUGUGGCAAGAGUUUUAUUCAGCAGAGCGAUCUUCAUAAACAUCAGCGUGUUCACACGGGAGAGAAGCCGUAUCACUGCGCACAGUGUGGACAGAGAUUCACUUCUCUAAAUUCUUUUAACAUACAUAAGUGCACCAGUGUAGACCAGACAAUUUAAAGUAAAACAGAGAGCAUCAUUAGCAUAAAUUAUAUACAGUAUCAGUGUCCGUUUUAUCUAUAAUGAUUGAAAAUUUUACAGAGAAACAAAUUUAUGACAAAAACCCUUCAGAAGCUGUGGAAGCAGUGAUAGUCUGAGCCUAUAAUAAUUGACUUAAUUGAUUUUUUAAAUGGUCGACGAGUGGAGAGGAGUUCCUUUUUUGCCGCCGAGUUUCUAGCAUUGCAAAGAGAUUUAAAGUUAGUUCAUUUUAAUGCUGAACUUUUUAAAUAACACUACAUAUAAAUAAGUGCUCAUAUACUUAUUCCACAAGACAUCCCCCAUGUCUGUUAAUGUUUUCUAUACUUAUAAGACUUUCA